AUGCAGCUGAAGCAGCGUCUUCUAGAUCUGCCCGAAUUUCAAAGCGCGCUGCGCACCUAUGCUUCUUGCCUCAAGAUCGGGGCGUCUCCUGAGUUUCUGGCAGCCGUUGAUGGGUUUGAUCCUGUGGCUGCGCUGCAUCUAAAAUACACCAGUGCUGAGCAGCUGAAUCACACCACUGCCAAAAAGGGAAAACACACCACUGCUGCAUGUGCUGGCCAGCAGAAACACACCAGUGCUGAUCAGCAGAAAAUACAUGUGCUGAUCACCAGUGCUGAUAUGUGUGACAGUGACAGCAGCCGUGAGGAGGUCCUGAAUCCAACAGCCAGUGGGGUUGGAAGGACAAAGACACCUAUCAGCGAUUCAAGGGGCGCCAAUGGGUUCGGUGCGGUGGGAAUGGAUGCAGGGUUAGAGGCAGCUCUCGAGGCGGAUGGCUUGGCUGCCGCUCACGAUCUGAUGGCGUCUCUCUCUGAAGCCCUCACUGCGUGCCGCACUCGCCUGCUUGCAGCCCACGCGGCUGCCGAGUCAUUCCUUGUGGAUGUGGAAAACAGCCACUUGCAGGAUACUGCUGUUGGUGCUGCUGGUGCUCUUGAUGCUGCUGGUGCUGCUGAUGCUGCUGGUGCUGCUGAUGCUGAUGCUGCUGAUGCUGCUGGUGCUGCUGGUGCUGCUGAUGCUGAUGCUGCUGAUGCUGCUGGUGCUGCUGAUACUGAUGCUGCUGAUGCUGCUGGUGCUGCUGAUGCUGAUGCUGCUGAUACUGCUGGUGGUGUUGCUGUUCCUGAUGGUGGCGCUGCUGGCGUUGCUGGUGCUGAUGCUGUCAACCCUGGAAUUUCCAACAGCAGCAGCGGCAGUGGAAGCAGCAGUGAUGGCGAUGGUGCGUUCACCAGCAGUGCAAUGGGCAGCAGAGGAAGCGGUGGUUUCCUGGAAGGAGACCGAGACGACAUGACGCAACAUGGCUUUGACUUCUCCCAGAGCGGCCCGGAAGACGAGUGGGAGGAGGAGGAGAUAGAGAGUGUGGAGCAGGUGGAGCGGGCGGUGAGGGGGCGGUUUGGGGGGUUCCUGCGGACGGUGAGUGCGGAGCAUGUGGCCAAGCACGUCAAGGGCAAGCUGCCCGAGGAAGCCACCGGGAAGCUUCUGCGCUGGUGGACCGAGCAUGUCAGCUGGCCGUAUCCUACCGAGCAGGAGAAGCUGCAGCUGAUGGGGCAGACGGGGCUGGACUCACGGCAGGUGAACAACUGGUUCAUCAACCAGCGCAAGAGGCACUGGACCCAGCACAGCAAGAGGCAGCGCAAGGGCGUGUAG